AUGGUCACCCAGAACUCCGCCACGUUCCAGAACCUUGUCACCAGAAACCAAAGUGACUAUCGUGGAUCCUCUGGGGAGCCUCAACAACAUCAUGAUGCUGAAGAGGCAGAGAAGAGUCUCUCCACAUCAGAACUCCUCAAGAAACACCAGCAGAGAUCCACAGGGAAGAAUCCUCACUGCUGCUCUCACUGUGGGAAGCGUUGCAAAUCUUUAUCAGAACUUAAAAUACACCAGAGAACACACACUGGAGAGAAACCUUAUAGCUGUGAUCAAUGUGGGAGGAGUUUUACUAUAUCAAGUCAUCUGACUUCACACCAGAGAACACACACAGGAGAGAAACCUUAUAGCUGUGAUCAAUGUGGGAAGUGUUUUACUAUAUCAAGCCAUCUGACUUCACACCAGAGAACACACACAGGAGAGAAACCUUAUAGCUGUGAUCAAUGUGGGAUGAGUUUUGCUGCAUCAAGCAAUCUGACUUCACACCAGAGAACACACACAGGAAAGAAACCUUAUAGCUGUGAUCAAUGUGGGAUGAGUUUUGCUGCAUCAAGCAAUCUGACAAGACACCAGAGAAUACACACAGGAGAGAAACCUUAUACCUGUGAUCAAUGUGGGAAGUGUUUUACUAUAUUAAGCUCUCUGACUUCACACCAGAGAACACACACAGGAGAGAAACCUUAUAGCUGUGAUCAAUGUGGGAAGUGUUUUACUAUAUCAAGCUCUCUGACUUCACACCAGAGAACACACACAGGAGAGAAACCUUAUAGCUGUGAUCAAUGUGGGAAGUGUUUUACUAUAUCAAGCUCUCUGACUUCACACCAGAGAACACACACAGGAGAGAAACCUUAUAGCUGUGAUCAAUGUGGGAAGUGUUUUACUAUAUCAAGCCAUCUGACUUCACAUCAGAGAACACACACAGGAGAGAAACCUUAUCUCUGUGAUCAAUGUGACAAGAGAUACUCCGAUAAAAGAUCUCUGAUUAAACAUCAGAAAAUACAUGAAGGAGUUGUUUCAUGAUAUCACUGAAAUAAUGUCACAAUGUAGAAUGUUUUAACAUUGUAGUAGGAGUGUUCUAAUGAUGUCACAAUGUAGAAUGUUUUAACAUUGUAGUAGGAGUAUUUUAAUGAUGUCACAAUGUGGAGUGUUUUAAUGAUGUCACAAUGUAGGAUGUUUUAACAUUGUAGUAGGAGUGUUUUAAUGAUGUUCUACCUUAUCGUUUGCCCUGUUCAAUUGAUUGCAGCAUGAUAUGGAUAUUAGCCUCAUGGGAAAAUCCAGGCUCUGAAUUGAAAGUAUUAUUUAACAAAAAGUGAGCUGUGUUACACUUACUGUGUUGGUGACCCACUGUAAUCAAAAUGUAGAACUUCAAAAAAGAAAA